CGCAGAGGCUUGGGGCAGCCGGGCUGCGAGGAGGCCGCGGCGCUGAGGGCGAGCCGAGCUGGCGGCAGCGGAGCUCUGUCGCGAGACGCAGCAGCGAGGCGGACUGUCCAGAGCACUCACCGGCCAGGGGUCUCUGCGCUGGAAUUUGAUAUUCAUUUAUCCAGGGUUCACCACCCUCUUUUUUUCUUAAACAUUUUUUAAACUAUUGUUUCCCAUUUUAAUUUAUUUUUGCUUCCCGUUCUCCACUUAAAUCGGAACGACGGUUUGGGGAAGACUGCUUCUUUACUCCCCCAAAUCACUUCGGAUUUUGGAAACCAGAAGAGAGAGAAAAGAGGUAGCGAGAGCUCCAGAGUGAAGUCGAGGAAGAGAGACGGGGUCAGAGAGCGCGCGAGCAAGCGAGCAGCUAGAGGGACAGGGGCAAAGUGAGUGACCUGCUUUUUGGGGUGACCGCCAGAGCGCAGCGUGAGCCCUCCCCCUCGGGAUCCCGCAUCAGACCAGUAGCGCUGACCGACAGACAGACACCGCCUCCAGCCCCAGCGCCCACCUCCUCCCAGGCAGGCGGCCGACAGUGGACGCGGCGGCGAGCCGCGGGCAGGACCCAGAGCCCGCUCCCGGAGGCGGGGUGGAGGGGUUCGGGGUUCGCGGCAUUGCACUGAAACUUUUCGACCAACUUCUGGGCUGUUCUCGCUCCGGAGGAGCCGUGGUCCGCGCCGGGGGAGUCGAGCUGAGCGGAGCCGGGAGAAGUGCUAGCUCCGGCCGGGAGAAGCCGCGGCCAAAGGAGGGGGAGGAGGAAGAAGAGAAGGAAGAGGAGAGGGGGCCGCGGUGGCCACUCGGCUCUCGGAAGCCGGGCUCAUGGACGGGUGAGGCGGCGUUGUGCGCAGACAGGGUUACAGCCGCGCGCGCGUCCCAGGCCCUGGCGCGGGCCUUGGCUCCAGGAGGAAAAGGAGCCCGCCAAGGCGCAGAGGAGAGCGGGCCGCCCCGCAGCCCGAGCCGGAGAGGGAGCGUGAGCAGAGCCGGCCCCGGCCGGGCCUCCGAAACCAUGAACUUUCUGCUCUCUUGGGUGCAUUGGAGCCUUGCCUUGCUGCUCUACCUCCACCAUGCCAAGUGGUCCCAGGCUGCACCGAUGGCAGAAGGAGAGCAGAAACCCCAUGAAGUGGUGAAGUUCCUGGAUGUCUACCAGCGCAGCUACUGCCGUCCAAUAGAGACCCUGGUGGACAUCUUCCAGGAGUAUCCAGAUGAGAUCGAGUUCAUUUUCAAGCCAUCCUGUGUGCCCUUGAUGCGGUGCGGGGGCUGCUGUAACGAUGAGGGCCUGGAGUGCGUGCCCACCCAGGAGUUCAACAUCACUAUGCAGAUCAUGCGGAUCAAACCUCACCAAGGCCAACACAUAGGAGAGAUGAGCUUCCUACAGCACAGCAAGUGUGAAUGCAGACCAAAGAAAGAUAAAGCAAGGCAAGAAAAUCCCUGUGGGCCUUGCUCAGAGAGGAGAAAACAUUUGUUUGUACAAGAUCCGCAGACGUGUAAAUGUUCCUGCAAAAACACAGACUCGCGUUGCAAGGCGAGGCAGCUUGAGUUAAACGAACGUACUUGCAGAUGUGACAAGCCAAGGCGGUGAGCCAGGCUGGAGGAAGGAACCUGCCUCAGAGUUUCGGGAACCAGACCUCUCACCAACAAAGACUGAUACAGAAUGACUGAGACUAACCACGCCGCCACCACACCGUCGCCAUCAACAGAAGUCCUUAAUCCAGAAACCUGAAAUGAAGGAAGAGGGGACUCUGCGCAGAGCACUUUGGGUCCGGAGGGUGAGACUCCGGCAGAAGCAUUCCCGGGCGGGUGACCAAGCACGGUCCCACUUGGAAUUGGAUUUGUCAUUUUAUUUUUCUUGCUGCUAAAUCACCGAGCCCGGAAGAUUAGAGAGUUUUAUUUCUGGGAUUCCUGUAGACACACCCACCCACAUACAUACAUUUAUAUAUAUAUAUAUAUAUAUAUAUUAUAUAUAUAUGAAAAUAAAUAUAUAUAUUUUAUAUAUAUAAAAUAUAUAUAUUCUGUUUUUAAAUUAACUUUGCUAAUGUUAUUGGUGUCUUCACUGGAUGUAUUUGACUGCUGUGGACUUCAGUUGGGAGGAGAAUGUCCCUACCCAGAUGCCGACAGGGAAGAGGAAGGGACAAGAGACUCUGGCAUGUUUUUUUUUUUUUUUGGGGGGGUCCCUCUUAGGGAAGCCAGGGUCCUCUCCUUUGCCCAGGAUCUUGCAGGGCCAGGGUGUGGGGGCAAAUUUGGCUCAUUUCUGGGGACACCGACAAACCCAGCCCUGGCCCCAAGCCUCUACCUUGAGUCAAACCAACAGAAAACCUAAAGACAGGUACAGGGACAAGGACACUGGUUCUGACCAGGAGUUUGGGGAGCCUCAGGACUGGGUGUGCUUUGUGGCUCCCCAUCAAUGCUGCAAGGGCAUUCUGUCCCCCGGGGGCACUGCCUGAAGAUGCAGGAGCCCGGGCAGUCUUCACCUACUCUCACCUGCUUCUGAGUCACCCAGGAGGCCACCAAGAGGUGUCCUCAAGCGAGAGGUGUCCUCAAGAAGAGAAGAGACAUUGGUGGAAGAAGUGGCCGGUGAUCGCUCCUCCUCCUGGGAUUCCCCUUAUCCUCUCCUCACCCCACAUUCCGGGGUGCAGCCGAGGACCUCAGGUCCUCAGACCAUUGAAACCACUAGUUCUGUCCCCAGGAGACCUGGCUGUGUGUGUGUGUGUGUGUGUGUGUGUGUGAGUGGUUAAUCUUUCCCCUGUCCCCUGACCUGUCCCUUCCUGAGGCUAAGAGAGACCAGGCAGGAUCCACAUGCCCACCACUGAGGCAGAGAAAGAGAAAGUCUUUUAUAUACGGUACUUAUUUAAUAUCCCUUUUUAAUUAGAAAUUAAAACAGUUAAUUUAAUUAAAAGAGUAGGGUUUUUUUUCAGUAUUCUUGGAUAAUAUUUAAUUUCAACUAUUUAUGAGAUGUAUCUCUUGCUCUUUCUCUCGCUCUUUUUGUAUUGGUUUUUGUGUGUAAAAUCCAUGUUUCCAAUCUCUCUCCCUGAUCGGUGACAGUCACUAGCUUGUCCUGAACAGAUAUUUAAUUUUGCUAACACAGUCCUGCCCUCCCCUGUGCCCUAGUUCCCUACCACACAUUCCUUUGAAAUAAGGUUUCAAUAUACAUUUACAUACUAUAUAUAUAUUUGGCAACUUGUGUUUGUGUGUAUAUAUAUAUAUAUAUAUAUAUAUAUAUAUGUUUAUGUAUAUAUGUGAUUCUGAUAAAAUAGACAUUGCUAUUCUGUUUUUUAUAUGUAAAAACAAAACAAGAAAAAAUAGAGAAUUCUACAUACUAAAUCUCUCUCCUUUUUUAAUUUUAAUAUUUGUUAUCAUUUAUUUAUUGGUGCUACUGUUUAUCCGUAAUAAUUGUGGGGGAAAAAGAUAUUAACAUCACGUCUUUGUCUCUAGUGCAGUUUUUCGAGAUAUUCCGUAGUACAUAUUUAUUUUUAAACAACAAAGAAAUACAGAUAUAUCUUAAAAAAAAAAAGCAUUUUGUAUUAAAGAAUUUAAUUCUGAUCUCAAA